GUGAGACUUGUAACUUGACGUAAAUCGCAGGAAAAGAAGUAAAUGCGGAAGUUCGUGUGAAAGAAACAAAGCAGAGUUCGCGUUGAACUUCGUAGCUGGAAACUUUGUUCAGAGCUGGCGAAAAACUGAGCGCUCCAUCAUGGCUAUGGAAGUUUACUCCCCCACGACGGCUCCAAACCCCAAAUCCUCCUUCUUCGUGGUUCCUACGGAGCUCCUCAACAAAAUCCGCUUCCUGCUGAAGAUUUUGGAAGUGCUCCUCUCGUUCGUGGCCUUCAUCCUGGAGGAGGUGGUGAUGAACUGUAACAACUGCUCCGCCCUCUACUUCUUUGAGUUUGUCAGCUGCACGGCCUUCCUCUUCACGCUGCUCCUCCUCAUCCUCCUCUCCACCAAGCUGCACCAGAAGGUCAACAUCACCUGCUGGAGCGUCCUGGACUUCCUGUACACCGCUGCCAUGGGCGUGUUGUUCUUCAUCGCCUCCAUCAUCUUCGCGUCACAGAACAGCGGCACGGGUCUGGAGAGUGCGGCCGUGAUCUUCGGGUUCUUGGCGAUGGCGGCGUUCAUCGCUGACUGCGCCUACUUCUAUAAGACCAUAGGGCUUCCCUUUAAGAGCGGCGGGAAGCCUCAGCCCGGGAACGGCGUGGCAGCGGGGGCGACGGCGGGGGAGGCGGAUCCUCCAGCAGAGACGGAGAAACUCAACACGGCCAACGGGGGAGAGUAACUCCGCCCUCAUGUUGUUGACGUGUCUUUUUUUAGGCGCUCUGCUCUGAAACUACGGCCGACGAGGAGGAACCUCAGGACAUUUUAACGUCCACAUACUGAGACACACACAGACCGACACUAAAAGCUUCAAACCACUGCAGCGCUGGUCCAGACGCCUCCAUACGCUUCUUAUCCUGCACCAAAGUCAUGACAUUAGGCAACAAAUCAUUAUCUCACAAACACUGUGUCAUACACGUCUUAGAUGAACCCGAGAGAGAAUCAUCCGUGAAAACUUUUCUUCUUCCUUUUCGUCUUUUCUGUCCAAUCACAACGGUUUUAUUAGAUUCAUUAGAUGUGAUGUUUGCAAGCGUCCUGCAGGUGGAGCUGUUCACCUAAAAACAUUCCAUCAUCCUGAACCUCUGAUCUGAUCUUUUAUUCUGAAAGCCUUUCCUGGAGCCGUCUCAUUUUCUGUAUAAAUAUAAAUAUAGUUUUAUAUUCUUACUUGUGUUUCAGGACGUUUUGUGAAGGUCUCUACUUGUUUUUUCUGUUUUGUUUAAUUUUUCUUCCACUCUAACACUCAAUCACGUCUUAAUUAUCGUCUGAUUUUUAAUGAUGGAAACUAUUCUAGAUAUUAAUGAUCAUGUUUUUUAAAUGUUACUCAGAGUUUAUUUCUCUGCUGCAGGAGGUUUUUUUUUAGAGUCACUCAUUCAUCAUUUUUAAUGAAUGCGUGUGUUUUAUCCAUGGAAUCAGAUGAAUUAAUAAAUGUCUGGGUGAAAUAUUUCUUUAUGUCCAGUGACAGAGAAAAAUAAGGAAAAACUCAGAUUUCAUGUUUUUAUGCCCAGAAAAUGAAGCGGACUGCAAGUUAAGAUCAGAAAGAAAAGACGCCUUAUUCUUCUUUUUUCAUGCAUCAUUUUCCAGGUGUGUUGUGUUUUUACUUUAACAUUCCUGUGUUCACUGUCACACGUUCCUGUUUGUUUCACUCAAACACUUUUUAAACAGUUUUAUAGAAAGAAUUUUUUUACAAAAUGAUUUGAAAUCUAUAGACGUUAAAUCAUUAAAAAAAAACAAAUCCAUUAAAGAAUAAAUCAUUUAUUUUUAUUUUGCCUCCAAACAUUUUCGUGACAAUCAGGAAACAAGUUGAAAUAAUGAAAAUGAAUCCCAGGAUUCACUGAACGGAUGGAAUUUGCUGAAAAUCAGGUUUUGUUUUCCAUUAGUCGUCUUAUAGUGUGUAACACAAACUGUGUCUUUCAAACCUUUCUACAAACAAUCACAUAAUAAACAGAUUUGGAGUAAA